AUGGCCGCGGUUUCGUCGACUUAUCCUUAUCAUGUACAAGAACUUGUCUUCACCACUGCCCAAAGUCGUUACACGCACAGGGACAGAUGGGGACAAGUCUUUACAGAAGACAAUUAUCAGGAAUACGCCAAAAGCUAUCGACACAAGUUCCUGGCUUGUGUCGAUUCUCUGCCCAACCUGCACACUUUUACGUCUGAGUUGGGUCCUAUCAGUAGAACUGCCACAAAGGAGCAUAUUGACUGGCUCGUGUAUGCCAUACCCCCUGCUCUAUGCCGGUCUUCGUCUCGGAUCACAACUCUCAGGUGUCAGGACCCUCUGAACUAUAUGCAUUGGUUCUUGUCCAGGGUCAAGGCAACUUGGGAUCCUCCUGAAGAGAUGAUCAAGUUGAUACCGAAAAUAUGUACCUGCAGGCAAAGCAGCCCCCAACUUUCAAGGCUGAGCUCGUGUUCCGCUCCGCCGUUUGGCAGAGAGACCGAUUGGAUAUAUCCCAAGAUCCCCUGGGGGUGGAGGACUGCCUUGCGAGGACUCACAACACUUGGUCUGCAGACUGACGCCGCUGGCGGCAAAUGGAAUUGCUAUGAACAAUUCGGUGAUAGACUUGUUUACUUUCUCGAGGGAGCUGUCAACCUGCAGCAGUUGUCAGUCAGAUGGAGACGAACAGAUCAGAUUGGAUCUGCCGGUCGUCCUCUUAUUCACUCCGGUUGGCAGUUGGAGCAUAUCUUCCGCGGAAGAUGGAAAAAUCUCAAAACCCUCAAGCUCACCUUCAUCCAAUUCACAUUCUCCGCCAACCCUUUUAAGACCUUCAUUCGACAGCAUUCGACAACUCUACGACACAUCAUGCGUCACAACUGGUGCAGCGACCCGGAAGUUAUUCGCAUCAUCAAGUUUGCUGCUUCGUGCCCUGAUGUUCAUCUUCAUCGGUUCGUUGUCUUUCCAGCGCAUGAGAGCCACCCAAGGGUUGAACUCCUGGAUGAGUCAUAUCCAGGUGGGGAGCAAGCAGUUGUCGAGAAACCUCGGAUUGUUCCAGAGAGCGCGGUACUCAGCUACAUCAACAGCAGGAACCCUCAGCACCUCGAUCCGUUUGCCGCGUGGAAACCCUUCGAGUAUGAGUAUUGGGGAACUGUCGAGCAGAAGGCUGAGUCGACCUCAAUAAAAUGGCCUCAGAAUAAUGGGAUGGCCGUGAAGUGCAAGCUGUGUGGCGACUAG